AUGUCCCACUACAUAUUGCCACACCCUCUAUAUAUCACAGUCCAGGGGACAGUGCCAUACCUGGGGACCUUCCUCACUGACCUCACCAUGAUUGAUACAGCCACGCCUGACCUGUCAGAGGACGGACUCAUCAACUUUGAGAAAAGACGAAAAGAGUUUGAAGUGCUGGCACAGAUCCGACUCUACCAAUCAGCGGCACAUAUAUAUAACCUGCAGCCAAACGAGAGGUUUAUGGUCUGGUUUAGUGGAGUUCGAGUUUAUAAUGACAACGAAAGCUAUGAAUUAUCUUGUGCCAUAGAACCCGCAGACUCUCCAGCUCAUGGGAAACUGAAGAAAAAAGCAAGUGCCCUAUCAUGUGUGAGUGGGCUGAUGAGGACACCAAGCAUGGGUUCUAACUCUUCACUAAAUCAGGACUCCAGAUCCUCUGACAGCAGCAGUCUGGCUGAUUCUCUGUCUCUCCUAUCUACGUCUCAGAUCUCCACGGAUUCUCAACUGAAAUCUCCUCUCUUGUCUCCCGGUGAUAUCACAGAGUUUAAAUCUCCCGAUGCCUGUGUUAUUAAAGUCAAACUUGACACAGGGACCGAGGAGGAUACUAGUCUCUACAAGUCCAUCAUGCUUGGCAAUGGAGACCAUACGGGUGUUGUUAUCAAGAAAGUGUUGGAGAAAUACAAUCUUGAAGCUGACAAUCCAACUGACUACAGCAUAUACCAAGUCCUGCCAGAUGGGGAUCUACACAUCCCUGAUAAAGCCAAUGUGUUCUAUGCCAUAAAUAACAAUGUCAAGGAACUGAGAUUUAUGGUUUGCAGAAAAAGCCUAGUUCCUGCUCAUAUGACCAUGCCUUACAGAGGUAAACGGACUUCCAAUAAGAACAAAAUGAAGAAGAAAAACUCCUUAUAG